AGAUGGGAAUCCUCUCGACAUCACUGCCCGUCUCUCGGUACGACGUCAUCCCUACUCCCCAUGACUAUCAUCAUCGACGACCCGCUCAUACUCGACGAUACUCGACCCGCCGCAUCCUCUUCCGCCUCAAAGUACUCCUCGGCCUCGUCCUCUACUCUCUGACCGUAUUCUACCUGGAAGAAAUCUCCAACCUCGUACUCCCUACCUUCACUCUCCCUCAUCACAAGACAUGGUUCUUCCCGCGUUACACUCCUCGGGCCGUCAUCCCCGCUACCGCCUCACAGCUGGAAGAAGGGAUGCCAAGGGUGUUGAUCGUGCAGUAUGAACCCCCUACCUUGGGUCCUUGGAGCAGGCUCUACAGAGCUUCUGUGAGGAACCAUGAAGACUACGCCAAAGCUUGGGGGUACGGGUAUAAGGUGGAUUCCUUCCCUUAUGUACGGGAACAGGGGUGGGGUAGGGCUAGGAUAUGGGGGAAGGUCGAGUCAAAGGGGUACAUGAACAAGGUGUACGCGCUGGAAAGAGCUCUUCUUGAAGAACUCGCCAAGGAAAAGGACGAGCGGGCAGAGUGGAUAUGGGUGGUCGAUGUGGAUACGUUCAUCGUGGACCCUUCGAUCCCGUUGACCGACUAUCUACCUCCUCCGUCCCUCUACUCGUCUGGCAACUACGAUAGCGAGAACCACGACGGGAAACCUACCCCGCUACCUCUACCUCCUUUGAUUCUAGGGAAUCAGGACCACAACGGGCUAAACUACGGGGUCAUGAUCUACCACGUCGAACGCCUCGCCCUAGACUUCGUCCAUACGAUCUUGCAACUGGAACAAGAACAUAUCCUGACAGAAAAGAAAGCGCCUACGGAUCAACACCUCGUUUGCGACAUCUUGAAAUCGGAAUCAGAUCCUAGGUUCGGAGAAAGGUUCUGGGAAAUACCUCAAAGAUGGUUGAACGGGUAUACGUUGCCAGAGGUCGGGUCCGGCGGUCGGAAAGACGGGCGGGGGUACGAUCAUAAUGAUCCGGACGAGGUGGACGACCUCGACUCCCACGAAGGCGAGGACAUACUCGAUAGCCAGGGUCCAGGUCCGGCUAUGCACGUCCAUCUCGUCAACGCCGUCAAAGAGAAGCUCCCUUACACCGACCUCUUACGAGCCUGUGACGAGGUUUACCUCGAAGCCGAGCUCAAGGCCAACUCGACCGGGGUCGAGGGGAACGGGUUGAGGUUGUUGAGCGGAGAAAGACGCCGGGCGAAGAAGGCGGCGAGGAGGUGGUGGAGUACGCAUGGACCCGGGGUGGAAGGGAUGAAGUUCAACGAGUAUUGAAAAAGGGUUAUUUAAGGAUUGCAG